GACAAGGUUCCUCACGCUGAGGACAAGGUUCCUGACGCUGAGGUCAAGGUUCCUCACCCUGAAAACAAGGUUCGCCCCGCUGAGGACAAGGUUCCUCACGCUGAGGACAACGUUCGUCACGCUGAGGACAAGGUUCCUCACCCUGAGCGCAAGGUUCCUCACGCUGAGGACAAGGUUUCUCACGCUGAGGACAAGGUUCCUCACGCUGAAGACAAGGUUCGCCCCGCUGAGGACAAGGUUCCUCACGCUGAGGACAAAGUUCGUCACGCUGAGGACAAGGUUCCUCACCCUGAGCGCAAGGUUCCUCACGCUGAGGACAAGGUUCCUCACGCUGAGGACAAGGUUCCUCAAGCAGAGGACAAGGUUCCUCACACUGAGCACAAGGUUACUCACGCUGAGGACAAGGUUCCUCACACUGAGGACAAGGUUCUUCACGCUGAGGACAAGGUUGCUCACCCUUAUGACAAGGUUCCUCACGCUGAGGACAAGGUUCCUCACGCUGAGGAAAAGGUUCCUCACCAUGACGACAAGGUUCCUCACGCUGAGGACAAGUUUCAUCGCGCUGAGGACAAGGUUCCUCACGCUGAGGACAAGGUUCCUCACCCUGAGGACAAGGUUCGUCACGCUGAGGACAAGGUUCCCCACGCUGAGGACAAGGUUCUGAGUACAAGGUUCCUCACGCUGACGACAAGGUUUUUCUCGCUGAGCACAAGGUUUUCUCGCUGAGGACAAGGUUCCUCACGCUUAGGACAAGGUUCCUCAGGCUGAGGACAAGGUUCCUCACGCUGAGGACAAGGUUCCUCACGCUUAUGACAAGGUUCCUAACGCUAAGGACAAGGUUUCUCACGCUGAGGACAAGGUUCCUCACGCAGAGGACAAGGUUCCUCACACUGAGCACAAGGUUACUCACGCUGAGGACAAGGUUCCUCACACUGAGGACAAGGUUCUUCACGCCGAGGACAAGGUUUUUCUCGCUGAGCACAAGGUUUUCUCGCUGAGGACAAGGUUCCUCACGCUUAGGACAAGGUUCCUCACGCUGAGGAGAAGGUUCCUCACGCUGAGGACAAGGUUCAUCACGCUUAUGACAAGGUUCCUAACGCUAAGGACAAGGUUCCUCACGCUGAGGACAAGGUUCCUCAGGCAGAGGACAAGGUUCCUCACACUGAGCACAAGGUUACUCACGCUGAGGACAAGGUUCCUCACACUGAGGACAAGGUUCUUCACGCUGAGGACAAGGUUGCUCACCCUUAUGACAAGGUUCCUCACGCUGAGGACAAG